AGUUCUACUGGUUUGAGGAAAAAUGGGAUCUCAUUGGGACCACAGGAAUAGAAAGACUAUUAGGAAUAAUGCAAUAUUUGAAGGAACAAACGGUGAUUGAGGUUGUGCCGCGAGAACAUAAUAUAUUAUAAAAAUGGGAAACCCCAAGAGAAACCGCAGGUCUAUGGUCAGGAGAUUUAAAACAAAUGGAUGAUGAAUCUAGAUUUUCACGUCGGCCGAGCUAUUCCUGUCCAUGAAAUUCUGGCAACACUGAUUCAGUGUACUGGCAACUCUGGUACACCAAAUGAAUAAACAAAUAAAAUCAAACAAUUAAAUAAACAAAUUAUCCGCUCCGCACCGCACCGCAGCAGAUAAGCGAAACUGGCCGAUCCCCAUCGAUAUCCAGAGGCUAGCCUCGCAGCCAGCACCAUGGAGGAGCCGUCCGACGACGAGAAUGCGGAGCCCACGCCCAAGAAGAUCAAGCGGGAAUGGGUGAAGAGCUACUCGAACAAGGCCAUGGAGAUGAUGAAGAAGAUGGGCUACGAGAACGACAAGGGUCUGGGCAAGAGUAACCAGGGCCGGCUCGAGCCCAUCAUCGCCGUCCAGCAGGAUGGUCGUCGGGGAUUUGGCUUGAAACUGGACACCGUACAAUCAGCGGCUGGCCAAUGGGAUCCCAGUCUGGAAGAACUGGAGAUACCCGAGCCGGUACUCUGGCUAACAAACUUGGGGGCCGGUGCGGCCAGCUAUUCGCAUGAUCAACUAAUGAGCCACAUUGUAACCGGUGGUCGGAGGAGAACCCUGGACGAGGAAACCCGGUACUGCGAUCCAGCCAUUCUUCAUCACAUCCUCAAUGCCAAGACGGUGUUCGACGAUCUCAACGAUAGCGAAAAGCGGAGAGCACGCUCCCGCUGCAAUCCGUUCGAGAUUAUCCGCAGCUCAAUCUUCCUAAAUCGGGCCGCCGUCAAGAUGGCAAACAUCGACUCCAUGUGCGACUUUAUGUUCACCAAUCCCCGCGACCUUGACGGCCACUCGCUGGUGGCCAACGACGAGCUGCUCUACUUCACGGACAUGUGUGCAGGGCCCGGCGGCUUCUCGGAAUACGUGCUUCAUCGGAAAUCGUGGGAAGCCAAGGGUUUCGGUUUCACGCUGCGCGGCGCCAACGACUUCAAGCUGGACAAGUUCUUUGCGGCAUCCCCGGAGCCCUUCGACGCCUACUACGGCGUCAAGGAGGAUGGCAAUAUUUUCGACGAGGCCAAUCAGGAUUCGUUGAACGAUUACAUAAGGAGGCAUACGCCGCAGGGUGUACACUUUGCCAUGGCGGACGGUGGAUUCUCGGUGGAGGGGCAAGAGAACAUCCAAGAGAUCCUCUCCAAGCAGUUGUACCUCUGCCAGUUUCUCACUGCUCUGAAAAUCCUGCGGGAGAACGGCAGCUUUGUGUGCAAGGUGUUCGAUCUGUUUACGCCGUUUAGCGUGGGACUGGUGUAUCUGAUGUACAAGUGCUUCCAUCAGAUCUCGAUCAUCAAGCCGAACAGCAGUCGGCCGGCCAACUCGGAGCGGUAUCUGGUGUGCAAGUACAAGCGGCCGGAGGCGGAUAUAGCCGGAAUUAUUGGUUACCUGAAUGCCAUUAACGUGAUGAUCAACGAGGACUAUCCGCAGGACAGCGAACUCGAUAUCCUGGAGAUAUUCGAUGCCAACGAACUGGCCGAGGACGAGGACUUCCUACGCUACAUCAUCGAUUCGAACAAUUCGAUUGGCAAGAAACAGAUAGUUGGCCUCCAAAAGAUAGCCGCCUUCGCCCAGAAUCCCGAUCUGAAGGAGACCCGACAGUCGGAGGUGCGACAGGAGUGCCUGAAGCGUUGGGGCCUGCCGGACAAGCUGCGCCAGGCGCCCGAGAUCAAGCCGACGGAUCGAUUGCUGGAGGAGCUGCUGGCGGACUGGGGGAAGGAUCGAAACUGGCUGCAUCAGGCGCCGGCCGAGAUGACCAGUCCGGCGAACCUGCAAAUGGCCAUCCAGAACGUGGCCGAUUGGUAUUUUGUGCCCGUGGGCCGCGAGGAGACGAACAUCAAUGCCUGCACCCUGUUCCUGUGCAAGUCGCGGGGCAGCCUGCUGCGCUACACGGAGCACAAGAAGUGGGAACUGGUCGAGACGGCGUUCGAGGUGCAGCCUCGCUCCAUAUUCUUUGGCCAGAUCGUGUACGAGUUCUAUGGCGAGGGCAGGACCAUCCAGCGGGUGGCGGCCCUUCACAUCAUCGACGGCAUCUGCCUGGGCGGGAUUGAUAUACGGCGGCGACCGUUUCGCGAACGGGUCAGCAUGUGCGACAAGUACGCCCGGAGUCUGAACAAGCCGUAUCGCAAGGAUCGCACCUGCGGCCCGUUGCGCAGCAAACCCUUCUUCCGCCUCCAGGAUAUGGGGAAUUUCUUUGCCGAGAUGCGACACUACGUUCUCAAGGAUAAUUCCCAGCGCUUCGGCUAUGCCCUGGAUGAUAACAAAUUCUUUGUGCCGGGAGGUAUCCUGAUGUUCUGCGAACUAACUCCCAAUUAUGUGUCCGCCCAGUCGAAGUCCUGCGGCCAGCUGUAUUAUUUCAACACGACCAAUAGAGAAUCGUACUACAAGGAUCAAAUACCGCCAAAAAAAGCAGCCGAGAUCUUCGCCUCGUUCCGGUCUAAUUAUUUGCGGCGCCUGCUCUGGAAGUGGACGAACCUGCGCCAGGUGGAGGAGCAUGCCACCGAUGAGAAUCCAAAGAUCCUGUUCCGCAGCGACUUUAUGCAGUUUAUUGCGGAAAAGCUUGGCCAUUGCUAGGCGACACAAUCGUAGGCUUAAGUUCAAAUUGCACAUACUAGUACUGUGUUUUGUUUUUUUUUUUUUUAUAUACAACUCCCCCAUCCUAGUACCCGUAGAUCUGUAGAACCCCCCCAUGAAGUGUAUAUCCCUUGAAGUCUGUAUUCCCUUGAAGUCUGUAUUCCCUUGAAGUCUGUAUUCCCUUAAAGUGUAACUCCCUUAUUGCAGUGACCCGUAGACCCGUAGAUCCCUCUUGACAAUGACCCUCCAUCCCCAUCCCCAUCCAUAUACAUAUAUGCACAUUUUUCCAGGAUUUUUAUCUGGAAGCUAUUACUGCUGCUACUUAGCCACAUUAAGUACCCGACUAUUUGCCCUGCAGGAACUGAAUUCAUUUUAAAAACAAACCACAAUUAUGCAAUUUCUUCCUAUUUUGUUUCUGACAAUUAUUAAGAAUUAAUCAUGUGAAUGUGUAAACUGUUCUAAUUCUAAAGAUCUUAAGCAAAACUGUAA